CCCCGGGGUUUGAGUUUGGGCGGGAGCGCGCUGGGGCCCCUCCGGGCCUGGUCAUGGCGCGGCCGGUGCGGGCCAAGAAGGCAGUUGAUUAUUCCCAGUUUGGAGACUCGGAUAAUGAUGACGACGACGAUUUUGUUUCUUCGGCUGCCCCGUCAAACAAAAGAUCAAGGCUGUCCUUGAAGGAGGGAGACCGAGGCAGCCAGGAAAAGCCCAAGCUGAAAAGGCCCCAGAAGGAGCAGGCCCCACUUUCACCUGCCGCCUCAGGGAAGAGAGUGUCACUAGAUGACAAGCUCUUCCAGAGAGGCUUAGAGGCUGCCCUGGCUUUGUCAGCGAAAGAACCGUCUGCUUGCAGUGCUGGCCUGCAGGAAUCUCAAGGUGCUGAGAAAUGGGAUGAUGCAGCCAAGCAGAGCCCAGGACAGCAUCUCCCUCAUCUCUCCAACUGCAGUGUCGCUGGUGACUGCUUAGGGCUGGAUGCAAUUACUCCGGGGGAUGGUUCUCAGCAGCAAGAAGGAAGGGCUGAAAGCCCGGCGCCUUCACGGUCACCGCCGGCAGGAGGUGGAUCAAAAGGCUCUGAGUCCGACUUCACAGCUGAAGACUCGGAGGAGGAUGAGGACUUCAGCGAGGAGGAGGAGGAGGAUGAAGACUUCUCAGUGAAGAGGAACAAAGCCAGAGGACGGAACAAGAAGAGUGCUGUAGUCAAGGUUCCCACAGAAAAGAAAGUGGGGAAAGUCACUAAGUCCAAGUCUAAGGUUUCGGUGACCGUAGCCAGUUCAGAAGGUCCCGUGUCGGUCCGAGACCCCAGUAAGCCUGUGGUGAACGGGACCCGUGUCUCAUCCGAGCCGGCAAGGAAGCUGCCGGCAGCCUCCUGCGCCUCUCCUGAGAACCGGAGGCCCAAGUGGGUCCCACCAGCCGCAUCAGGAAACCGCAGCCUCUGUCCCCCAACACCGAGUGCUUCCGUCAAGUCUCCAAGCCAGAGUCUCCGGCUCGGCCUGUCCAGGCUGGCGCGUGUCAAGCCUCUGCACCCGGGAGCGGCGAGUAGCUGAGCCCCAGGGAGGCCAAACUGUGAGCCUGCACCGAUCACGGACCCGGGUGACGGCAGGCAGGCCGGGGGACGGCCGGGCUUCGACCGUCCACUGGCUCCAUUGCCCACCCCAGUGUCCUUGGCGCUCCUGCAAGGGAGGAUUCGCCCGUGGCCCGCUGCCCAGCACAACACAGGAGGCUUCCAUCUUGUUCCGGGGCAAAAAUGCCCUCCCCACCCGUUUUAAUAGAAAAUGAAAUGUUUACCUCGGCAGCUAGAGUCCUGUGCGAGGGAGCUGCUGGUAGUUGGCAGAUGUGGUGAUAGUGGACUGUGCUCACCGCCUGCAACUGCCACCAGGUCUCAGAUAUAGAGGGCAUGGGCAGCAUAACUGCACAUCCCGUCUCUCAACCAGGGGCUCUUUCCACAACACCUGCCAGCCUUCCUGCCCCCCGAGACUGGGGGCCGGCCCAACCACCAGAUCCAUCCUCGGACCCAGCCAGGCCCCCCGAGAUUCGAGGGUGGCCAGUGGGCACCCCCCACAUUCUCCUGCCUGUGGCCAGGUGCCGAGGGAUUUCUGGGUGUAGGUGCCCCGCGGCCACAGUGCCUACAGGAGAGGAGUCACUGGCCCAGCCCUGUCACUGGGGGCCUGGGGAAACCAAAACCUGUUGGGUCCUCGUUUCGCUCACUCUGGGUCAAGCCCACCCUUGCGAUCCUGGACAGCAGCUUGGCAGAGAACCAGAAUUGGACAUGACCUGGACAACGGGAAAUGAGGAGACCAGUCGUUAUGUGGGCCUGGUUGAUGCACAUGCCUGUGGGGGUUGGGAGGUGAGGGGGAUGUUGUUGUCGCCAGUCCUCUCGUACCUGGUAACAUGCUUGGCCCAUAGUGGACCCCCCCUCCUCUCACCUCCAGCACAGCUCUCCGUUGUCUCGCUCCUCCUUGGGCUGGACGAGAGCCGCUUGGUCACACCUCCCCUCUGUCUCUCCUGCUCUGCCCUCCUGCCACAGCGCGCUCGUACCCUUUGGAAAUAAAUAAAGGCUUUGAGUUUUAAGGCCCA